AUGCCUUUAAAAAUCAAAUUCUCACGGAGGCCAGACCCUCCAGCAGAAGAACCAGCGCCUGUACCUGCCCCCGUGCCCGUGCCUGCGCCUGCGCCCCCAACCGAAACACCUCAACCACCGCGCAAGAUCACGCUUAAGAUCGCCCGAAAAUCACAGCCCGAAUCCAAUGAAGAAAAACCAAAGAAGAAGAAAUCCACAAAGAAGCGACCAGCGGAGAGUGCCGCGCUGCCUGAGUUCGAGCCUGAGCCCGAACCCGAGACGAGCCACCAAGCCCCCAAACGAAUAAAGCUGAUCCCAUCCAAGAAGCCUGCCUUGCAGUCAAUCCGAAUUAAAAACAAGGGUAUCAUUCCCAACCGACCAGUGGGCGUUGGUUACGACUCCGAAGCCUCGGACACCGAAAAUGACCCGGCCAUCGAAGAACAAUUCAUCCUACGAAUGCUCCCAGGAGAGGACUGCGAGAUUGUGAGGAAAGCAAUCAGCGAAAGGACAUUCAGGAAUGACGUCGGGAUCAAAGCCCUCACACGUGAGGGCCGACGCUCAAUCUUGAAUGUUCGGGGCCGCCAAUAUGCGGCAGCCCUAGUGGAUCUACCCUGCAUCAUCGAGGGUAUGAAGAGUUGGGACCGACGAGGCUGGUACAAGUCAGCAGAUAUCUGUCAAAUGCUCUUGGUGCUGGGACGCGUCAACAGUGAUCAGGAAGCCAUGGAAUACCCACUUCCCCCGGGCGUCGACAUACUCGAUGAAAAGACACUUCAAUACGCACACGGUCUCGCACCACCCCUCCGCUGGGUUCGCAAGCGGCGAUUCCGCAACCGUGUUAGCACGCGCACAAUUGAACAGGUUGAAAAGGCUGUGGAAGAGCUCAUGGCUCAGGACGAAAAUUCGAUUUUCCCUCCCAAGUUCGAGUUGGUGGACAGCACAUCUCUGAAUCGCGUCGAGGGCUUGGUGCAAUCUGGAGAAUACGCAGAAGAAUACGACGAUGAACAAGAUGCAUACGGUGAAGCAGAAGAAGAAAUGAUGGACGACUUCGAAGACGCCCUUGCCGCUGAGAUGGAAGCCGCACUGGCUGCCGGGGAUGAUGAAGGACCGGGAGCAGGACCAGAGCAGGUGGACACUCCGUCUAUGCAGCCUUUCACACCAGCUGGAGGACCGACCGAACGCGGCGACACCUCGGCCGAUGAGAGCAAUAUAUCCGAUGAGGAAGAGGAAGAUGAGUUGGAUGAUGAUCAAAUCGAGCAGCAACAACAGCUCCAGCAACAGCGUGAACAAGUCGCCGAGCUGGAAGCUCUCAUCCGCACCGAAACCGCACAGUGGGAGAAGGUGCAGAAUCACAUUUUGCGCAACAAGAUGGGCCGACGUAUCCAGGAACUGAAGAAGGACCUGCAACUGAAAAAGGUCUCUAUGGGCAUGCCAGCCGGGGACGAUAUCUGA